GAUCUUUUUUGUCAAUGGGUGAAAUAAGGAUGUAAAAGUUGCAAACAACGUCACUUAGUAUUUUCAGCAUUCAACUUCUACCGAACACUCUUUGAGUAUUAUAUUGCGUCUCGAGUCGUAAGGAGAAAAAUUAGUGAAUCAUCCGGUGGUCUGACAACAGCAGAAUGAGCAAGCGCUCAAGCUCAGGAACGCUGCCUCCAAGCAAGCGAAGACACACAGAAUAUGAGGCGCUAGGAUUGCUUCUCGACCACAGCGAUGAACUCAUUAGUUGCCUUCAGACAUUGUCUAAAUUGAAGGCUGAAUCAUCUUUUGAGAGCCGGGAUUUGCAAAAUCUACGACGCCUGAGUAAGAGACUACUACCUUCAUUCAAGCAACUGGCUCGCGAAGGAUCCGCCCAGGACGAGAAAGAGGGAGAAAAUGGUGUAAGCACGAUGAAGCUCCCAACACCAUCAUACCAGAACCCGAUCAGCCGAUUGACCACUUCUAAAAAGGCCUUAUCAAGCAAGGAGGACGAAACCUCGCCGACGCCCUCUGCACCUCCAAUUCCUUCUUUCACUCUGGUUACGCCAUGGACACCCGCAGAUAUCCCAAGCUCGAUGCCACCUCUCCCCAAGAUCUCGAACCCAGUCCUAGAGAUGGCAGCUUUCACUCAUGGUGGUAUGGCCAAGAGUAAGACCGACCUAAGUUACGACCGUCUUGAGUGGCUCGGAGAUGCCUACCUUGAGUUGAUCUCAUCAUCUCUCAUCUUUCAGACCUUCGGGGGAUUGCCUACUGGAAAAUGUUCCCAAUUGAGAGAGCUUCUCAUCCGCAACGCCAAUCUUGGAGAGUACUCUGCGCAUUACAAGCUCUUCGAAAGGGCCAGGCUGCCCUCCGAGUAUAGGUCUAACGGGAACCUGCCCGCCGCGGCCAAGCCACACGAGAUCCAGAAGGUUCACGGAGACUUGUUCGAGGCAUAUGUCGCCGCGAUUGUCCUCUCAGAUCCGGUCUCUGGACUUUCCCAGGCAGCAGAAUGGUUGAAGACACUGUGGGCGACGACGAUCAGAGAUCAAAUCAGAACCAACGCCCGAGAUCCUGGAAUGGGGAUGGUGAAGGAGCUGGGCGGGACUGCGACGGUAGGGACUCGAGUUCCGCCCAAGGUCCGGUUGAGCCAAGCAAUCGGUAGCAGAGGCAUCAGUAUCCGAUACGAAGACAUGCCUAGCGCGAACAAGAAGGAUAAGUACAACAAGAAGUUGGCUCUCUUUACCGUCGGUGUCUAUCUGGACGGGUGGGGGGAGAAGAAUAAACUCCUAGGGACGGGGAGCGACCUGAACAAGAAGGAGGCAGGACAGAAAGCAGCUCAAAUGGCGCUGAACAACAAGAAGUUGAUGAAGGUUUACGAGGAGAAGAAAAGGGCGUUCGUGGCAGCCCUCGGGGAGACGGAGGUUGAAUCAGCCUGAUACGGCUACAUUAUACCCACGAUACCAAUGCCAAAUGAGAAGCGAUGAAGUGACAAGCUUGCUGACAGGGACAUACGGACGAGACCGUCAGGAAAGGACACGCAAUGACAGAACGAAGAACGUCGACGGCCCAUGCGGGAGCAAACUACCGGUAGGGCCAAUGUAUGAUCAUGAAGGAUGUCAACUCGGAUGAUUUGUGUCUCUGCAACAGUCCCGUGCGUACUCAAGCCGAGUCAAGUCGAGUCACCGGAUGCCAAAUAACGAGGCACCGCCGCAGAUGCGGUGCUGUCCCCAGAAGCCUCGGCUCAAUGCCAGGAUGGCAGUCAAUUUCAAUUGACGCAAGUACAAA